AUGCCUCCUCGCAAGCAGUGGAUUGACAAGAAAAGCGCAACCACAUACCAGCUCUUCCACCGAUCCCAAAAUGACCCGCUAAUUCACGACCCGGAAGCCGACGACCGUGUGCUCCAUGCCGUCAAAGGGCCGCCCCCCGGCGCACAGCCCUCGACCCACGCGGCCAGGAACUUGAACGACCUGGCCGAUGAAUUUGGGUCUGGCGCCGUUCGGAAAAACGAGGGUGAAGCCGCCAACUACGGAAUUUACUACGAUGACACCAAAUAUGAUUACAUGCAGCAUUUGCGCGAGCUGGGAACCGGCGCCGGGGAUUCGCAUUUCGUCGAGGCUAAGACCAAGGAUAAGGGUAAAGGGAAGAUAAAGCUGGAGGAUGCGCUGAGGGGGAUGUCGAUGGAUGACUCGAGAAGCCAGCUUGGUGGAGAUAGUGUCUACGGAUCCGAGAUGCGUUCGUCCGUUUCGUCGUAUGCUCGCAAACCGACGUACCAGGAUCAACAGAAUGUUCCGGACGAAAUCGCGGGAUUCCAACCCAACAUGGACCCUCGACUCCGAGAGACACUGGAAGCGCUGGAGGACGAGGAGUUUGUUGAUGCAGACGAUGAUGAUCUGUUCGGGCAGUUGACGUCGCAUGCGGAGGAAAUGGACGCUGGUGACUGGGAGGAUACGCUAUUCGACGAAGAAGACGACGAGGGCUGGGAAUCCGACGCCACCGAGAAGGCCCCCGUCCAGACCGAUCGAUCGGACGCCCUCCACACUGACAUGGACUCGGAGUCGAACUCUCAGGGUCCUGUCCCGGGAGAAAUGCCCGAGCACGAUGCGCCUGCGCCGGACAUGCACCCGGAGGAUCAGGGUUGGAUGCGCGAGUUUGCCAAGUUCAAGAAGGACGGCAAAACCAAGGAUGCCCCGGCCCCGCCGAGCAUCAUGCCUUCGGAGCAGCGCAGCACGUUGGCGUCCACCGUCUUCACCGCUGGCGGCACGCCCAUCCGCCGCAAGAAGCGCAAGGGCGCCAUGACGAACCCGUCCGCGUAUUCCAUGUCCUCCUCGGCCCUAGCUAGGACGGAGGGACACCGACUUUUGGACGACCGGUUCGAGCGGGUCGAGGCGCUCUACGCACUGGACGAAGAGGACGAGUUCGACGAUGAUGCAUCGAUGGUCAGCGGAAUGACCGGCAUGACUGGCAUGACCGGCAUGACCGGCGUAUCCACUGCCUCGUCGCAAGCCCCCAAUCUAGUGGACGCAAAUGGCAGGGAAGUGGCUCCUCGCAGUGGGUUCAACGAUGUGAUGGACGACUUCCUUGCCGGUUGGGACAACAACACGAGUGCCCAGGCGAAACGCAAGGGUGCUAAAAACAAGCGAGGCAAGAACGGCAACGAGGCCAUCGGAAUCAGAAUGCUCGACGAGGUGCGCCAGGGCUUGGGUCCGGCGCGCAUGUCUGGAAAGGUUCCUGGUCGGGCCUGA